UUUCGAUUGUUGCGUAUCGAGAAUGUUGGCUCGCCCAUUCGGAGGAUGGUCCCAGUUUUCCAGUGCUCGCACGCGCGUGUGUGUGUUUAUUGGAUUUUCACCUACGCGGUGGUACGCAUUACGAUCUAUUUCGAGUGCGACGACGGAUGUUGGGAAACCGUGGGAAAGUGACACAUCGGUGAAAAUCAAUGGCACAUAAUUCGGGAAAAAAAUAGGCUCACGUUUUCCACGGGGCCAGCAGCGAAUCGAGCCCCGUCCCCGAGGCAGUAAAUGAUUAUUAAUGGAAUGCUCAUUCGUUAUCCUUAGCGUUGCCGUCCGGUGCCACAAUGAAGACGAAGUGUCGGUAUUAGGUUGAUGUUUGUGUCUUCUACCUAGGGGGGAGGGAGAUGGUGGUGGCCGUGGAAAUCAAGAAGGAAAACCUUCAUGCAUUAUCGAACAGUUGAAAAUGUCAAACGUGUCACGUGACGAUUAUGGACGAUUCCUUCGGCUGAUAACAGUGUGAAGUGCGUGUUUCAAACAAUUUCUUUACAAUCGCAUCAUCGUGUCGUGGUGGGGUACGGGCUUUAAGCUUAGCUGAGCAUGUUAACGUGCUGCUACUAAAAUUGCACCGUCAUAAUUUAUUGAUUGACUUCGGGAGGGCACACAACAAUGGGAAAAAACAACUUAUAUUUGAUUGAUGUUUACCAUUUCAAGCUUAUUGCAAGGCUGAAACUGAGUACGGGGAAUUACUUCAGUACUUUAUUAGUUCUAUGAAAGCGAAAUGAUUCCUUUCGUCUAUUUCGACAUAAUUUUUUUUUUAGUAUAAGUUAAGAAAGCAUGAAAGGAUCUCUAGGGUUCAAAAUUAAAAUGAAAAGGCAUGAACUGAAUUGUAAAUCUAGAGAAGGAUUCCUCGAAAUAAAACUGAACUUCACAUGUGGACUAUUCCUCCACAGAACCUGACACUGGUGAUGGGUUCUUUGCAAUGCAUCCACGAUUUCACUGUGGAUCCGGCCGGAGUGAUUCCGGCUCGGAUUGGAAUAGCCAAGAAAUGGAAUCGGCCAUACAACCCGAAACCGUUUGGUAUCGUCCGGAGCCGUGGGAAUCGUAGGAACCGUCAGUACCGUCGGAACUGUCGGAACCGUCUGGAAUCGUAGUCGACUCGUAUAAGUGAGUAUGAGCCCUUUGAUGAACGGGUCGACAAUUUGUAUGACUCUUGACACUCAACGACCCAUACAAAGGUUUAAAACCGUAAAACCCGUUUACUAAAGGUGGGCUCAAACUCACUCAUGCUUUCCGACUAUGAAUCCAGAUGGUUCCGAUUAUUUCGACAGUUCCAACGGUUUCGGCAGUUCAAACAAUUCUGCCCGAUUCCGCUUACAACGGUUCCAGCAGUUCCGGCAGUUCUUGCGGUACCUUCCGGAACUAGUUCCGAUUUUUUUUAAAUUGUCUAGAUCUAGUACCGUUUUUUUUUAACUAAUGUUGCCCAUCUAACAAGUAAAGAGAAACCUGAAAUUACAGAUGAGGGGACACUUUCGAUAUGAAAGAAAAAGAUAGGGGAGUUCCUAAUAAAUUAUGCAAUUUACGAAAUUUAUUAAUAUGUGAUACCGGCAGAAAAAUUAGAACCGUAAAUACAACUAUUGGGGCUCUUCUUCGUGGAAUAGAACAUGCAAACACUCAUCGCGUGAUUCUGUCGUACCUGGUGUCCGCUUACGGCAAGGACGAAAAUCUCUAUCCGAAGGAUUUCCGCUCCCGGGCCAUCGUCGAUCAGCGCUUACACUUCGAUCUCGGCACACUCUACCAACGGGUCGUCGAUUACUAUUUUCCAACCAUCCAGCUUGGUGCGCACCUAGACCAAACGAAGAAGGCAAAGCUGGCGGAAGCGCUCGGCUGGUUCGAGGCCAUGCUGAAACAGUACCAAUGGUCGGCCGCGAACCACUUCACGAUAGCGGACAUUGCGCUGUGCGUGACCGUGUCACAGAUCGAAGCAUUCCAGUUCGACCUCCAUCCGUACCCGAAGGUACGGGCCUGGCUGCAGAAGUGCAAGGAUGAGCUGCAGGGGCACGGUUACAAGGAAAUUAAUGAAACCGGAGCCGAAACGCUGGCGGGACUGUUUCGAUCGAAACUGAAGCAGUAGGAAGGAAUGGUGGACAAUAGAAUUGAAAUACGUUUUUUUUUUCUAUAAGCAAUGAAUCAAGUACUCGCAAAACGAAAUCCAAACAAACCGUCUUUAUACGCUAGUUUGUAGGCAAUUUGUUUAUGAAGGGCUGUAUUUUGUUGAAUAAAUCAUAUCAAACAAAGUGA